AUGGACCCAAAUCUUGGUAGAACCAAGCUCGAAUCUCUUGCUCCAUACGAUGACAAUCGGUCUGGGUUUGUGAUCAUUGAUGAAUUUCAUAUGGAAAACGCUUAUAAGACGGAUGAAAAUGUCAUGGCGGUCGCCUUGUCCAAGUUGCUGAAUCACAAUUUGAUUCUUCAGAAUGCUACUAUGAUGAUAUACGUGUUGCCACCGAACUUUGCUCGACACGAAGCGAAUGCGUUUUUGAGGAAUGGAUUCUUUCAAGAUCCCGCAAUUGCUCGUGGAGGCGGUGCAGAGCAGCGUAUUUUAGUCGCAUCCUCCUAUCAUACAAAGCUACCCCUCAGAUCAUCUCAAGAGGUGGCACAAGUCCAAUUCGUCACAGUGCCAGACCCACAGAUGCCGCAAGGAAAUGACGAAGAACUGUUGUCGUACAUCAAGAGAGAACUAUCAGGGCUAGGAAAUCUGAAUUUUCAAACCGUCUUUGGAAAAAUUGAUGAAUAUUUGCGCAACGGCGCUUCUGUGAAAAAAUCGUUCGCGAUUCAUGCAGCUGUCGCGAACAAUUCUCUUGAAGUUGUGAGGCAUCUUUUAGAGCAGGAUCCAUCCGCUGUAAAUGCCUUGGAUUUCACUCUCUGCACUCCACUUAUGACUUCUGCCGCAGUAGCUGCAGGAAACUCUACCAAUUCUGGCAUCAAGGAGACCAAAGUCAUGGAUCUCUUGCUUUCUCGUGGUGCCGACAAGAGUCUGCAAGACAACAAAGGCAUGACGGCGUAUGGUCACUAUAUAAAACAACGCAUGGGCUAUGACGAAAUGAUGAGUGCGAUGAUGGGCCAACGAAACAAGGCACAGACUGCAGCGACAUACCAGGCAUCACACCCAUCAGAACGUGCUGUACAAGACAAACUUCGUCCACCAAAUGGGCCAUCAGCUUCUGAUUUGAGAGGAGGUGAAAGGCCUGGGAUUAUUGUGUACGAGGAUGAGGGUUUCGGCAAUGACGACUCCGAUGGAGAUUACUAG